GGUCAUGGUAGGCGGGUUCUGCGUGACGUAGUGGAGCCCUACCUCGGUGACAGGAGACUUUCAGUUGUCUUGGUCGCGGUUAGGUGAUCAUGGCGCCGACUCGCUUUCUCCGCUGUUGUCAGCGGGUGGUGGGCUGGAUCCCCGUGCUCUUCAUCAUGGCCGUCGUGUGGUGGUCAUACUACGCGUUCGUGGUGGAGCUUUGCAUUUUUACGAUAAAAUCAACCAUUGAAAAAGUUGUGUAUCUGGUGAUUUAUCACCUGAUAUUUUUGAUGUUUUUCUGGUCAUACUGGAAGACUAUAGUUUCGUUUCCGGCCAGUCCAUCUGAAGAGUUUUGCUUAUCCAAAUCUGACAAGGAGCAAUAUGAAAAGGAAGACAGACAAGAGAGUCAGCAAGAGAUUCUCAAGCGGGCAGCUAAAGAUUUGCCAAUCGUCACAACAACUCCAACCAAUGAUGUCCGGUAUUGUGAUCGCUGCCAGCUGAUUAAACCUGAUCGUUGUCACCAUUGUUCAGCUUGUGACACAUGUGUGCUGAAGAUGGAUCAUCACUGCCCCUGGGUCAAUAACUGUGUUGGAUUUGCUAACUACAAGUUCUUCUUGCUGUUCUUGAUGUACGCCUUGCUGUACUGCCUGUUUGUUGCUUCAACGGUGCUCCAAUAUUUCUUAAAGUUUUGGACGCUUUGCCGCAGCAAAUCUGAAGAGAGUUGUUCGCAGAACAGUCUGAUGGAAACCCAUGCCAAGUUCCACAUCUUGUUCCUGUUCUUUGUGGCAGCCAUCUUCUUUAUCAGCUUGUUGUCUCUGUUCUCGUAUCAUUGUUGGCUCGUCGGGAACAAUAGAUCAACUAUUGAGGCAUAUCGUGCUCCCUUAUUUCGAAACGGUGCAGAGAAAAACGGGUUUUCCCUGGGUUUCUGCAAGAAUUUGAGAGAAGUUUUUGGGGAUCAAAAGCUGUAUUGGCUGCUGCCUGUGUUUACGAGUUUGGGAGAUGGCUGCUCUUUCCCCACCCGCCUCGUUUCCGGGGACCCUGAGCACAACGCUGGCAUAAACCAGAAUGACACUGCCAAACACUCUGGUUCCACUCAGGCCUUCUCCGCCAGACCUCUCAGCGAGUCCCAGAACCGCCUGUUGGGAAGCGAGGUGGAAAGUGUGUCUGGGGAGGAACAAGGACAGAAAGAUGGGAAACGUCAUGUUGCAAUAGACGUUGAAGGCUGAUUACUGUGAUCUCAACAAGGAAAAUGUCCAGGAAUCUCCAGCCCCGGCUGCAUUUGAACACCAUAUCCAGAGGAGAUUCGCAGCCUGAGGUGCUACAAAAAAUCCCUAAAUAUGAUGCAA